AUGUCUAACGCACCACCACCACCUUCGAAACUCGGAGAGUACAGAGUCCUCUCCUCUCGUGCUGGCGUGCAUGUCUCCCCCCUUCAGCUCGGUGCGAUGAGCAUCGGUGAAAAGUGGGCGGACAAAGGCAUGGGCUCCAUGGACAAAGCAAGCAGUCUCAAGCUCCUGGAUACCUACUUUGACCUGGGUGGCAAUUUCAUCGAUACCGCCUGCGGCUACCAAGACGAAACAUCAGAGAUGUUCAUUGGUGAAUGGGCCGAGCAGAGGGGAAUCCGCGAUCAGCUCGUUAUCGCAACCAAGUACAGCGCGCCUUACAAAACGACGGACAAUAAAAUCGACAUCAAGAUCAACUACAACGGUAACUCAGUCAAGAACCUUCACGUAUGCGUCGAGGCGAGCUUGAAGAAGUUGCGUACAACGUACAUCGACAUCCUUUAUGUCCAUUUCUGGGACUACGCCACCUCCGUCGAAGAAGUCAUGGAUGGUCUUCACCAUCUCGUGGCGCAGGGCAAGGUCUUGUAUCUGGGAAUCUCGGAUGCCCCUGCGUGGGUCGUCAUGAAGGCAAAUCAAUACGCACGAUACAACGGUAAAACCCCCUUCGUCAUCUAUCAAGGCGCCUGGAACGUUAUUUCGCGGGAUUUCGAGCGGGACAUAAUCCCCAUGGCUCGGGAUGAAGGAAUGGCUCUAGCUCCAUGGAACGUCCUGGCUCAGGGUAGACUUCGUUCCGAUGAGGAAGAACGGAAGCGACAAGAGUCGGGAGAAGGGGGCAGGACUUUCUACGUUGCUGGUGGCAAGUGGACGCGAUCAGAAGUAGAAAUCAAGGCCUCCCAUGCAUUGGAGAAAGUGGCCAAGGAGGUUGGCACCGAACAUGUCUCUGCUGUUGCCAUCGCGUAUGUGAUGCAGAAGACUCCCUUCGUCUUCCCAGUCAUCGGCGGUCGGAAGGUUGAGCACCUCAAAGCCAACAUCGAAGCUCUCAAUAUCGCGUUAAGCAAGGAUCAAAUUGAAUACUUGGAGAGCAUUGUUCCCUUUGAUCCUGGCUUCCCACAUAACAUGAUCGGUGAUGGCACUGACUAUAAUGCCUACCUUCGUCAGGCCGGUAACUACGUCAAGCAACCCGUCCUACAACCAAUUAUCCCUUCGAAGAAUUAG